CCAAUAGGCCGCUUGACAGGUGGUGACGUCAACAGGCGGGAUAUCCGUAGUAGUAAGCUAGCUAAUAACAUGGCGAAGACUUACGAUUACUUGUUUAAACUACUUUUAAUCGGCGAUUCCGGGGUCGGGAAGACGUGUGUGCUCUUCAGAUUCUCAGAGGACGCCUUCAACUCAACGUUUAUCUCCACUAUAGGUAUUGACUUCAAGAUAAGAACAAUAGAAUUAGAUGGCAAGAAGAUCAAGCUACAGAUAUGGGAUACAGCAGGACAGGAGAGGUUCAGGACCAUCACAACAGCCUACUACAGAGGAGCCAUGGGCAUCAUGCUAGUGUACGACAUUACCAACGAGAAGUCCUUUGACAACAUCAAGAAUUGGAUACGAAACAUAGAAGAGCAUGCCUCUGCAGAUGUGGAGAGGAUGGUCCUUGGGAACAAAUGUGACGUAAACGACAAGCGUCAGGUUUCCAGAGAAAAAGGAGAGAAGCUGGCCUUGGAGUAUGGUAUCAAGUUCAUGGAGACCAGCGCAAAGUCCAACAUCAACGUGGAAAAUGCCUUCCUAUCCCUCGCCAGAGAUAUCAAAGCCAAGAUCGACAAGAAGCUGGAGGGCAACAACCCACAAGGCAGCAGUCAAGGAGUCAAGAUCACGGAACAGCCCAAGAAGAGUAGUUUCUUCCGCUGCUCGCUCCUGUGAGGCAAGCGUCCACCGCCGCCAUCCACCAUCGCCUUAACUUUUGUCCCUCACUGGACACAACUGGACAGAGACAACUCUGAUCUCACGUAACGUCUUAACUGUCUUCCUCCCGCUCAGCCUCUUGCUCUUCUUUACCAGUCUUCCACCUGUACACGCUCAAUCAGAUACCUUCUGUACACCAGUCUUCCACCUGUACACGCUCAAUCAGAUACCUUCUGUACAUUUCACUGACUUUUACACCCUGAGCUUUUUCUACGGUGCUCCUGUUUUUCUUACAAAAAAGUGCCCGCUUAAGUCGACGUUGACGUAAAAUUGUUGAAGCCAUAGGGGGUCGUCUCUAUUUUCUGUUAUGUAGUUCUUAACUUGAUCAGUAGCGCUAAGCAGCAACAUGACUACUCUGUUAUUACACAACAUUACCACAUGCACACAGCUACUUCCUGGUCAGUGCAAAGAAAGCUUCAAAAUAAAAGCAUAUAAGUAACUGACAAUUGAAAGAUUUGUGCAUACGCAAAAACGUUAUCCUCAUCGUAUUUAAAACAUGCAGGGAAAAUAAGAGCUUAUGUCAAUAACCCGUCUGUGUGGAUCAGCGCAAGUCUUGGUCCUGUUUUUUCUUCUAAAAAGUGCCCGCUUAAGUUGACGCUGACGUAAACAUUUUAGAUCCAAAGGGGGUCAUCCCUGUUUUUGCUUGUGUUGAUAUGUGUUGUAGUUCAGUUAACUUGAUCCUUAUCGCUAAGCAGCAACAUGGCUACCGUGUAAUUACACAACUUUACAACAAGCACACAGCGACUUCCUGGCCAGUUGCUAAGUAAGCUUCAAAAUAAAAGAAUUGAAGUAACUGACAACACAAUCCAAACUUUAUUUUAGAUUUAUAGCCACAGCAAGAAUGAUUUUUGCAUGUGUGAAAACGUUAUCAUCGUCAAUAGAUGCAUACGGCUACUUCAUGGUCAGUGCAAAGUAAGCGUCAAAAUAAAAGCAUGGAAGUAACUGACAAAUAUCAAAAUGCGAACUUUGCUUUCGAUUCUUAGCCACCGCAAGAAAGCUUUCUUGCAUGCGUAAAAAUUGUAUCAUCAUAGUCAUACGUGCACACAGCCACUUCCUGGUCAGGUCAAAGUAUGCUUCAAAGUAAAAGCAUUGAAGUAACCAACAAUUAACGAAAUGCAUACUUUUUAGAUUUUUAGCUACGGGAAGACAGAUUUGUGCAUGUGCAAAGACUUUAUCGUCAUCGUAGUCAAAACAUACAACAAAUAUCAGACAACCCGUCUGUGUGGAUCUGCAUGAGUCAAGUCCAGUUUUUCUUACUAAAAAGUGCCCGCUUAAGUCAAUGUUGACAUCAAUAUUUUCUUAUGUAGUUUUGUUCACUUCAUUAUUAUCCCUAAGCAGCAAAAUAACUACUGUGAAAUUACACAACAUUACAACAUGCACACAGUGACUUCCUGGUUGGUGCAAAGUAAGCUUCAAAUAUAAAAGCAUGGAAGUAACCGACAGUUCAUUUUAGAUUUUUUUUGCUACCAGAAGAAAGAUUUGUGCAUGUGCAAAAAUGUUGUAGUCAAAACAUACAAGGAAUAUAAGAGCUUAUGUCGACAACCGCUUAUGUUGACAUAAGUCAGUCGGUGUGUGUGAAUCUUUUGGCACCCAAAGAAGACGAGUCAGUUCAGAAUCGAUUCUCGAUUCAAAAAUAAUUCUUGAAAUUUAUUAUUUGGUAUAAAAAAACAUAUUAAAAAAAAAAGUGAUUCUUGUUUUUUUUUUAAGUACCGUAUUUUUCCGACUAUAAGUCGCAGUUUUUUUAAUAGUUAUAGUUAGCGAUUUAUAUAUGUUUUUUUCCAUCUUUAUUAUGCAUUUUCGGCCGGUGCGACUUAUACUCCGGUGCGACUUAUACUCCGAAAAAUACAGUACAUAUUUCUUCUUUUUUUAAACGAUUUUUGAAAAUGACUAAUCAAUCUAUAAUCGGGAUGAAUAAGAAUCGCGAUUCAGAUGUGAAUUGAUUUUUUGUGUGUGCACCCGCCCUAUGAGUCAGACAGUCCGAGGGGCGUCAACAUAACCGGGUUCCAGUGAAUACAUCCAAUAAUGGCCUCUUUCACCAAAGUGCUGACUGGGUAAAUUCCCAGGUUCAGUAAACGCAACAUGUAAAUAGUUAAAGUAGCAAUGAUUGUCACACACACACACACACACACACGCACACACACACUAGGUGUGGGGAAAUGUGUCCUCUGCAUUUGACCCAUCCCCUUGUUCACCCCCUGGGAGGUGAGGGGAGCAGUGGGUAGCAGCAGUGGCCGCGCCCGGGAAUCAUUUUUGGUGAUUUAACCCCCAAUUCCAAGCCUUGAUGCUGAGUUCCAAGCAGGGAGGUAAUGGCUCACAUUUUUAUAGUCUUUGGUAUGACUCGGCCGGGGUUUGAACUCACAACCUACCCAUCUCAGGGCGGACACUCUAACCACUAGGCCACUGAGUAUUUGAAGUAUUUAAAAAGCUGAUAUUACGUUGCCGUAUAAACGCUGAGGCUUUUAUUUACGUCCACAUUUUUUAAAAUUAUAAUUAUUUCCUGAUGCUGAUACAUUCCUUUUUGUGAAGACUUUCUUAUUUGAAUGUGAUGUCUGCGGAGGAAGUGUUGGCAACUUUGACAAAUGUUGACGAUAUUCAUGGCACUAAGGCAAAGCAAGAAACGCUGCAAUGCCCCACGCGGCCACAAGGAGGACACAAAGUUUCAUAGCAGCACAACGUCGGGGCCGAAGGGUCUUUGUUUUUUUUAUGCAUUUCUACUUGGCGCUUUGCAGUACAACAGCAGUUUGCACAGGAGCGAUGCUGUAGCAGUAUUUAUGGAGCCACACCGCGACAAAAGUGCCCUUUUAUGUUCUUACCAAUAAUGCACUUUGGCUCUCUUCCUUCUGUACAAAACAAACACCGGUUACCCUUUCCUUACUGCGAGUCUUAAUUGAAAGUGAAACUAUCCAUGCACAUGAGCACUGAAAAGAGUUUUUAGAAGGAAAAUGAAGACGGCGUGUUCUAGUAAAAGUCCAGUGUGCAGCGCAGCCGUCUGAACUAUGCAUUCUGGCGCAUGCAAACCUCAAAGAGCUUUAUUUGACAAAUGUGCAGUUUUAUUCUCUCGCUGUCACUCUAAAUUGAGGAAAAAAUCAAUCUAUAUAUUAGAUUUAAUUGGACCUUGAUGAGAAUCCCCUUUCUUGACCUGUGAAUUGAAAUGGACUUGACUCCUAAACAAAUACUUUUUAGAGUUCAUGGUUGAUUUUGCAUCAAGUGAGGAAGUCCUGACAUAAUUCAAGCAAUUGUAAAUAAGACCUACAAGCAUUGUACUGUACUUGCAUACAUUGUAUUGGUCUGCACACCUUCUGUAGAUAAUGUGUACUUUUGGAUGAUUUAUUAAAAGAUGGGAUUGAAA